AAAUUUAUGGUUCAACGUGAACAUUUACUUUGCGAUUCUCUGUCUCGAGCUGGCUCGUCUAAUCCAACCGUGGAGUCUUUACGCAAGGAGCGAUUGAUUUCAAUGAAGCAAACGUUGGAACAAUAUGAGGCGUGCCUAAGACAUUUAGUGGAUUGUUCAGGUGCUCGAUUCAAACCGUCGGGCGAUCGAUAUAACACUCGGUUGGAUUUUGUUCCCACCAAUUUGCACGUGAAUCAGAUUGCAUUGACCGAUUGGGACGGUCAAAUCGUCUCUUCGCAUACAAUUGUCAGCGCUGGCGUGUUUUCUGUGGCUUCUCGCAUGUACAAAGUCGGCGGCUUGUUUCGGCACGCCGCGGACACCGCUCUCGGGAGUGUUCCCUAUCCGCCCACUCGGUUGGCUGUGCGUUCCCUCGUCUCGCAGUCGCCCGUCGCCUCGGCUGUCUGUCUCGACGACACCGCGUUGGCUGGUAAAUCAAAUGCACUGCUCUAUCGGGGUACUGGUUCAAUGGCUAUGCUGCGCGCAGAUCUAAUGGGACUGGUUCAGCGUCUCACUGCCAAAGACCAAGCCGAACCGUUGGCUGAACGCAUUCAAAAGUCGGACUCGAUUCCCAGUUCAACACACUCCUCACUCUACUUACCCAGUUGUCGAAACUGGACCGGAAUGAGCAAACCCACCGAUCUCCCGAACGGAUACUAUGUCCUCGAAUUAGCCUGCCCAGUUAAAAUUCGGUAG